AUGAAUUCUGGGGCCUUCGAUUCAAUGACUAUCAAAGGAUCGAAGUUUUUCUACUCAAACGGAACUCAAUUCUUUCUUCGAGGAGUUACCUAUGGUUCGGAUUUUUUUUUAGAUAUAUUGGCUGAUAAAGAAGCUUGCGAGCGUGAUAUCAAGGCAUUAGUAUCUCUGGGGAUCAAUGUACUACAUGUUUAUGGAAUCGAUUCAGGUCAAGAUCAUGGGGAAUGCAUGCAAAAAUUCAUGGAAAAUGGUAUUUGUCUACUAAUCGACCUACAUAUCACGUCUACGUAUAUCUGCAUCGAUUCUACUGCAUGGACAAAUCAAAAGUUCUUCGCCUAUAUGGAUAUGGUGAAUGCAUUUGCUUUCUACACGAACACACUCGGAUUCUAUCUAGUCGACAAUCCCAUUACAGAUAGUUCCACUUAUUUAGCACCACUCUCUAAAGCAGCUGUAAGAGAUGUAAGAGGUUAUAUCAAAGCAAGAGGCUAUCGUUCUAUACCCAUUGGAGGAUACGUUCUGACUGAUAGUGAUUACGCACAAGAGACCUAUCGACUGGUUGCAGAUUACAUGGCUUGUAGAAAUUGGAGCAUUGAUUUUUGGGCGUUGACAGACUAUUCAUGGUGCGACAACUCCACGUUCACCUCUUCGAAUUACUCUCGUCUCACCGAAAUUUUUUCCGACUAUCCAUUACCAAUAUUACUCGCAGACUAUGCAUGCGAACCCACCACAGAAGACAACAGUGAUGUUGGCGGCCGGAUCUUUGAUGAAAUAGGCACCAUAUAUGCGUCCAAAAAAGUCGGAUAUUUGGUCGGCGGAAUCGUGUAUGAGUGGGCGAGCUCCAGCGAUUCAGAUCCCAGUGACUAUGGUGUGCUGGAUUUCUUACAGUGUCUCAGCAGCUCUGGUAAAUUUAACCGACAACGUGAUCCAGCUCAAUCAAAUUAUAAAUCAUUCUCAACACAACUUGCUGCGAUAAAUCCUUCUAUAACUCAAAUGUCAGCUUAUACACCAACUAUUACAACGGCGCCAUCAUGCCCGGAUGAAAACGCAACUUGGGCCAACACAAUCACAUUUGUUCAAGCAACUCUAUGUACAUCAAACUCCACAAUUUGUGACGAUUUACAUCGAAUGUCACUUCUUCAACUUAUGGCGCAUUUAGCGUGUGUUUCCUGGGCUAUCAAUCAAUUCUACCUGAAUAAAGGAGGUUGCUCGCAAAAAACAACGACGGCAAGUCUGAAAAGUCUCAAAGCUCUAAAUUCUAGCUGCAUCGAUAUUUUGGCAAAAGCAGGCCCGUUAGGCAAAACACCAAUUUGUUCAGAUAUAACAAUUGCCAAUUCUACCUCAGACUCAAAUAUCACAUCCGUAUAUUCAGACUCCUCAACUGAUAGCCCCAGAUCCUUAUCCGGCGGUACCAUCGUAGGAAUCGUGGUCGGAAUCCUCCUAGCACUUAUCGCAGCCGGUUCUCUCAUCUUCUUCUAUCUACGUAAAAGGAAAUCGCGAAGAUCGCACACAGCCCAAGAACUAGAAGCUUCCACUCCCGGUCAACACGAUACACCAGCUGAACUUGGGAAUGACGGUCAGAAAGCAGAAUUAUGCGCCAAUGAUACAUCUACCAAUGCAGGAGCAACUAGUCCGAAGGAAUUGGCCCAUGAAGGCGAUGCGAUGUUGCCGAGAAAUCAGAAUGAGAGCCGGGAAAUUUGUGAAAUGCCUUGA